AUGGCCGGGGCGCCGAGGGUGCGGUCGCUCAACAUCGCGGCGCCGGAGGCGGACGCGAGGCCGGUGCUGGUGCCGGGAGGCAACAAGGCCCCGGCGGCCGCCCGGAAGCCUUCCCCCAAGCCGCUGCGGAAGGCGGCGGAGGCCGCGCCGGUGAAGCCUCCGUCGUCCCCCUUGACCGCCGCCACGGCUGGCGCUGACGGCGGCGCGAGGAAGGGGUCCUCCCCCUUGACCGCCGCCGCGGCUCGCGGUGACAGCGGCGCGAGGAAGGGGUCAUCCCCAUUGCCGUCGCCGAGGCGGACACCACCGCGGAAGCUGCACGAUGUGCCGGCCCUCAAUGCGUCGCUCAGCGCGUCCUGCUCCUCGGACGCCUCCGUGGAGUCGCUCCGCCGUGGCCGGGCUUCCGGCGGAAGGACGGAGAGGAGCUGGUCCCGGCCGGCCGCGCCGAAGCGGGGGAAGGUUGCGGGUAAGGUGGCGGCGAAGGAAGCUGACGAUGCCGAGUUUAUCGCUCCGGUGACGCCGGAGGCUGUCCAAGGGAAGAGGAGGUGCGCCUGGGUGACUCCGACCUCCGAUCCUUACUAUGUCACUUUCCAUGAUGAGGAGUGGGGAGUUCCAGUUCAUGAUGACAGGAGAUUGUUUGAGCUACUUGUACUAUCCGGUGCACUGGCCGAACUUUCAUGGUCAGAAAUUCUCAAGAGGAGACAAAAUUUCAGGGAAAUAUUCAUGGAUUUUGACCCUGUUGCCGUUUCCAAAGUAAACGAGAAGAAGCUGGUAGCGCCAGGAAGCAUUGCCAACUCUCUUCUGUCGGAGCAAAAAUUGCGAGCAGUCCUUGAAAAUGCUCGCCAGAUAGUUAAGAUUGCAGAUGAAUUUGGAUCCUUCAGUCAGUACUGCUGGGGUUUUCUGAACCACAAACCUAUUAUAAGCAAAUUCCGCUAUCCAAGGCAGGUCCCUGUUAAAAGCCCCAAGGCAGAUACGAUCAGCAAAGACAUGGUCCGAAGGGGGUUUCGAGGCGUGGGCCCAACGGUAGUAUAUUCGUUCAUGCAGGCAGCAGGGCUAACCAACGAUCACCUUGUCAGUUGUUUCCGUUUCAAAGAAUGCGACGCACCGCCUAGUAUCAGUGGCACUGACAGGGUAAACACAGAAUUGGAUGAAAACAAAGAUGAGCCAAGGACAAAAAGUCGUGGCGUGGAGAUGAGAGCUAAGGAAGAUUUGUCGAGGGCAAUCGACACACUUACCAUUUCGUAACAUUACGAGGAACAUUGGUGCGGCUAGCUACUAUAUAUGGUUGUGUUACCUCUACGUAGGUCAUGUGUAUAAAUCGUUUGUGUAGGUAAUGCAACUCGGUCUGUACAUUAUUACUGGUGUCGAAGGAUGAUAAUUUUUCUUACUGAUGCAGAGGUUCUCUCCCAGCCAUGGCUGAUGUUUUCCUCUUUUUUUGGGUUGCAUGGACAGAUUUAUAUGGUAGGAUGUUAUGAUGGGAAGAAGUUGCAUUC